GGUCCUAAAAUGUCACUAGAAAAAACUACAAGGACCAAACUACACUCUUAGAGCCAAAUCGGUAAAUACACUGGUUUUCCAAAAGUUCGAUCGCUAAUUCUAGUUUCAUAGGCGGCGACUCUUCUCCAAGCUUCCAAUAGCUCGAAUGUUUUGAUUCAACAGAGGUUCAAGCUUCAUUGAAUCACGGUGUAAGAAGAUUGAGACCAGUGUCAUGCUAUUCAAUAUAAACAUUCACUCUCAAAACCACUGUAUUGCUUGAGUCUUCUUUCAUACUAAAACAAACCAAAGCCAUGAAGUCGUUAACACUCCUUAGAUCCAUUCGCAUGCGCGCCACUCACCGUGAAAUAACCGGGCCUCUACAAUCUCGUUCUUUUCAACACGAUUUCGUCCCCGCAGAUCCCAAAGCCAAACCCAAAAAAUACAAACUACCCCCAUUUUACGACCCAUAUGGCCCGAGACCACCACCUUCUGAUAAAAUCAUUCAACUAGCCGAAAAAAUCGCAGCCCUACCCCCUGAAGAACGUAUGCAAAUAGGCCCCACUCUUAGAGAGAGAUUAAGGCACCCUAAGAUGCAGUCGGUUUCGGUUGACGGGGUUGACUUGGGUGCCCAAGGUGGGUCCGGGCCCGGGGCUGCUAAGACUGAAGAAAAGGUUGAGAAAACCGCGUUUGAUAUUAAGUUGGAGAAGUUUGACGCGGCUGCUAAAAUAAAGGUGAUUAAAGAGGUGCGCGCGUUUACUAAUCUUGGAUUAAAGGAAGCUAAAGAUAUGGUGGAGAAAGUUCCGGUUUUGAUAAAGCAAGGGGUCAGUAAAGAAGAGGCGAACGAGAUAAUAGAGAAGAUUAAGGCUGCUGGUGGUGUUGCUGUGAUGGAGUGAUGCUUUGAAACCGUGUUGUUUUUAAGUUGGUGUUUCUUAAUUGGCAAGAUUUAGAAUGGAUCAAAACAUUGUUUGCCGAUUUGAUUAUGGUGAAAGAUUUUGAUGUAGGAUUACAAUGAACAAGUUAUGUUUUCUAAUAAUAUUUGCAACUUUUAUCCCA